AGUGUUAUGUCAACCGCCAUAAAAAGAAAAAAAGAAGAAGAAAGAAGAAAAAAUGUUAGAGUAAGAAUCUUACGACCUAAACCGAAACACGUGCUCUGCUAUUUAUUGUCAGCUGAACACGGUAGGCUGGACCAACUGGCUUUUACUGUGAAAGAGUUGCGAAACAGUUCCGGUACGUUCGUGCUUUCCAUGGCGGGGUUCCCCAACUGUCAGCGGUUGCUAAGCCAGUUUGCCUGCCUUUUAGGUGAAACGUUAUAACUUUGCCGUUGUUAGGAAUUACAGUUAGCAUCGGCAUUAAGUCACUGAGAGCUAAAUACUAAUUGUGAACUGAACCUGUAGCCAUUUCUGCGUAAGCCUACGUCAGCUGAAAAGGGGGUCCUCCCUGAAUGACUGAGUCGAGUUGGUGUGUGGCUAGCUAGCGAGUAGGAGGGUGGGGACAAAAACUUCCAAGACCUCGCCCAGCCGUUGCUUCAUUCCAGCAGGCAGCUACUCUCUUAACGGUGGGAGAGAUCCACACCACCAAAUCAGAUAAGUAUUUGUAAGAAAGGAAACCUUUGUCAAUAUAAACAAACUUAAUCAGUCACAAUGUUCAGGAAAACCAUGAAGAAGGACCCCGAGCUGUUUCAGAACGUGUCUGACGGGUUGCGGCGCCUUUACCGAACCAAACUGUUCCCGCUGGAGGACACGUAUCGAUUCCACGACUUCCACUCCCCUGCGCUCGAAGAUGCCGACUUCGACAACAAGCCUAUGGUCCUCCUGGUGGGUCAGUAUUCCACCGGGAAGACCACUUUCAUCCGGCAUCUUAUGGAGCAGGACUUCCCCGGCAUGCGGAUUGGCCCAGAGCCGACUACGGACUCUUUCAUCGCGGUGAUGCACGGUGAACAGGAAGGGCAGAUACCCGGUAAUGCCCUGGUUGUCGACCCCAAGAAGCCCUUCCGCAAACUCAACGCGUUUGGCAACGCAUUCCUUAACAGGUUCAUGUGUGCCCAGAUGCCUAACCCCGUCCUGGAGAGCAUCAGUAUCAUCGAUACUCCUGGAAUUCUGUCCGGAGAGAAGCAGAGAAUAAGCAGAGGCUAUGACUUUGCCGCUGUGUUGGAGUGGUUUGCAGAGCGCGUAGACCGCAUCAUCCUCCUAUUUGACGCCCACAAGCUAGACAUUUCAGAUGAGUUUUCUGAGGUCAUCCGAGCUCUUAAGAACCACGAGGACAAAAUGCGCGUGGUUCUGAACAAAGCAGACCAGAUCAGCACUCAGCAGCUCAUGAGGGUCUAUGGAGCUCUGAUGUGGUCUUUGGGGAAAAUCAUCAACACACCUGAGGUGGUGCGUGUGUACAUCGGGUCAUUCUGGGCCCAGCCUCUUUUGGUCCCUGACAACAGGAAGUUGUUUGAGGCAGAGGAGCAGGAUCUUUUCCUAGACAUCCAGUCAUUGCCACGUAAUGCAGCACUACGCAAACUCAAUGACCUCAUUAAACGAGCACGUCUCGCCAAGGUGCAUGCGUACAUUAUCAGCUCUCUGAAAAAGGAAAUGCCGAGUGUGUUUGGAAAAGAUUCCAAAAAGAAGGAGCUGAUAGCCAACCUAGGAGAGAUCUACCUGAAGAUUGAGAAGGAGCAUCAGAUCUCACCUGGAGACUUUCCCAACCUCGCCAAGAUGCAGGAGCUGCUUAACGGGCAGGACUUCUCUAAGUUUGCAGCUAUAAAGCCAAAGCUGCUCGAGGCAGUGGAGGACAUGCUCGCCAAUGACAUUGCACGUCUCAUGGCCUUGGUGCGUCAGGAAGAGGCCGCCAUGCCCAGCCAGACUGUAAAGGGUGGAGCCUUCGAGGGAACAAUGGGCGGUCCGUUUGGUCACGGCUAUGGAGAGGGAGCCAGCGAAGGCAUUGAUGAGCUAGAGUGGGUGGUGGGCCGUGACAAGCCUUCAUAUGAUGAGAUCUUCUACACUCUCUCACCCAUAAAUGGCAAAGUGUCUGGAGCUGCAGCCAAGAAGGAGAUGGUGAAGUCCAAACUUCCCAACACAGUCCUGGGAAAGAUCUGGAAGCUGGCAGACGUGGAUAAGGAUGGCCUUCUGGAUGAUGAGGAGUUUGCCCUGGCCAAUCACCUGAUCAAGGUGAAGCUGGAGGGCCACGAGCUGCCACCUACACUGCCUGAUCACCUGGUGCCCCCAUCCAAACGUGGAACAAUCCAGGAGGCUUAAGGAGGAGGGUGUGGGACCAGCACACCAGCGCUUUGCACCGUAUUACGGACUCUCCAGACAAAAGGCCAACCACAGGCAUGAACAGCAUCAUCUUCCAUCAUGCUGAGAGUCUCCAGACGUCCUGACAUGGCGGGGACUCAUUGUUGCAAUCUUUUCAUCAGAGAGAGACUGAAGGGAUUCUUGGAGAGGGGACAGGGAGGGGAUGAUUAAAAGAUAUCUAUUAGAAAUAAAUGGAGGGAAGGGGGGGAGGGGAGAGUUUGAUUUGAAAACAGAUGAAAGGACAUUACUGGAUCAUGAACUGAUGGGCAGUUGGACACUGCAUGACGGGGCUGAACGUGGAUUUUGGAACCCUGUGUUAGAGAUAUCUUCUAUGUACACAAUCCAUAAUAUUAUUAUAUGUUGAUCCAAAGAUAUAUAGUUUUUUUGUCCAUUUGGAGAGAAAAGAGGAAAUAAAUCAAAACAACUGUUAAAAUUGUUUUAUCUCUAUUUUUGUAUUUCCUGACUGUUAACUUUGGCUCUUUCCAAAUGCUUCCCUUUUUAUUAUUUUGCCAGAUAAAUAAAAAGGAUUACUGUAACAUCUGA